CGUCAGGCAGAGUGCGGACCAGCGGGCUCACAGCUGUCACCCGAGAGCUUUAGAAACUCUGGAUUUUCUUCUGACAAUUCAUGGAGGAGGACUCUAAAGUUAAAUCUUAUUUUGAUUUCUGCGGGAAGUUGUUGUUGCUCGGCUGCGUGAAAUAGUAUUGAAGCUUAGGCAAAGUGGCAGCCAGUGCACACACAUGUUUUCCCAGCCUGGAAACUGUGUGUGAAUCCAGAGCAGUGUGGAAAAUCUGAUGGGCGAGAGCAAGGACAUAAUUGUCCACACCAAGUCUUAAUAGGCACAGUGAAAUUAAUUUUAAUACAGCCACAAGACAGAAGCAUCAGGUGUCAUUGUGUGGAAUUCUAAUCUCUCACCCACACGCUGCGGGCAGCACAGAUGAGGCUACUGUCAGGUGUGUGGGUGGUAGUUAAUGGCUAGAGAGCAUUAAUGGAAAAGUUUGGUCAAUUUAAAACUCGUUUUGACACGUAAUGCCUUUUACUUGAAAGGCUCUCAGGCUCCUUCCCCAGUGUCAUUAGAGUUUACAAAGCAAGUGUUUUGUGAAGAAUUGCUUUUUUUUUUAGAGUUUUAGUGUUUGCAUAUCUUAUACUUAAAGAUAAAUCCCAGUCUUGUCAUAAAACAUACAGAUAUGAUGUGUUUUUAUAACUGCAAUUUGUUAAAUUUUACUAUUAAUAGAACAACCCUUAACCUCAAAUAAACAAAUAAACUUAUUUCCUGAUUUGUGGGGAAUUUCUUGUCUCCAUCAGUUCUUUAAAAUGAAAAUAGGUAUAAACCCACCCUCAGACACAGAUCCUUGUGAUCAACAAACAAACAGAGUUCAUUUAGUGAGUGGUUGAUAUUUUUAGGAGGAAUAUAAUCAGCCGUGCUAUCUCGUUUGUGACAGAGGCCUUUUUGUUUUUUGGCCUCGUAUAUGGAGAUUUAUCACUCUGCUGUAGGAGAAAAGCCUGUCUGUGCUGACCUUGGCCUGCUGUUUUCUUUUGGUUUGAUCCACAAAGAAAACAGCUGGCGGUUGCAUUCUGGAUACCAGCGGCCUUGACAAUGAACUGCUUGUAUGAUGCUGUCAGGAAAGCUUUGGCUCGUUGGUAAAGCAUGGUGCCCAUAAUAUCAAUACCGGACUGCUUUGAGAAAAAACAUAAAUCACAAAACAUGGUGAUGGUCACUUGCAGAGAAAGGAUGAGUAUAUCAUUGUUUUAAAGUUUUACUGGAACGCUAAAUAAUUUGCACACUGAUGAUUUAUAUGAUCCAGGGCUGCUCUGCAUCAAGUCUGCUGAAAAGAAUUCAAGCAAAUAAUAAAUCAUGCUCAAAGCAGUGAGCAAUCUGUUGCAGAUAACUAAAAUAAAUCAUACUGCAUGUCACUGUUUUAUCACAGGUGGAUUCCCAAUCCUGGACCCAUAUACACGUGGUUCCAUUUUGUCAGCAAAUAUCCCAAGGGCAUUUUCUCAGCAUUAUUUCUACUCUGAUCCUUCUCCUUCAUCUGUUCAAGUCGACUAUCUCCCUGUAAUUGCGCGCGUGAGGGAGAGACAUUUUCUGGAUUUUCUUUCAAAUGCUGUUUUUCCCUCCAUAUGGUUUAGUGUUACGCAUGUAAGUUUAGAUUCCUAGGCUAGAAUUUGUGUCACAAGAGCAUAGCUCUGACUUGAAACUCGUACUGCUAUUUCUCUCAAGAAUUUCAAAGCAUGUUUGUGUUAAGCAUGCCGCCCAAAGAUCGCGAACUUCCUUCAAGACCAGAGCAAAGCUUAGUGCAGUAACACAUCAAGAGCGAGAGAGAGAGAGAGAGAUAUAUAAAAACGACAAUUGUUUUUAGCACAAACAUUGUUUUUUGUUUGUCUGAUAGUUGAGAUUCAAAAAUGAUUUUGAUUUUGGAAGUAGUCGUUGUCCAAUGAUCCAAAAAGUCUUUUUAGUAGCUGUUCUGAAUCUUCAAUAGUUUUGGACUGUGCUGACUAAAAUGAGUGAGGGUCAAGAGCAGAGGAGGAGUAGGCAGUGGAGUGGCCAUCCACUUGUAACCUAAAGGUUAAAUACAGGCCAUCAGGGAGUCCUAUUACUGUGUACUCUCUGAUGGGAACACAGCGGGUUCCUCUGUUUAUUUCCAGUCCAGCACUAUGACACGAUAUGGGAAAUGACUGUGGCCAUGGGCUGAGGCCAGAUCUUUGUUUUUGUUUCAGUGACCAACAUUCACCGAAAGUCAUCUAUGUAUGAAGGGUUCCCGGAUCUUGCCUUGUUUUAACUGUACACAAUUCUUUGAUAAGGCUUUAGGACACCAAGUGUUUUUGCAUCUAUUUCAGCGUUCGUUGUGUGAUGGAACGCAAAAAAGUCAUUUCAGAGUGUGUUUCCAUAACAUUUCCCCUCACACGUUAUUCUUGCAUGUCAUAUGUUCAAUAAAGCCUAUUUGAAUCCUAUUGGCUAUGUGUAGGUCUGCACACCGCUGACACUGGACAGAAAGGAUGACUGUGAAGUGCCACACGCAGCAAACGUGCAUCAGGUUGUUGUUAGCGGUCGGAUGUGUUUGUGUGCUUCCUGACAUAAGUACGAGAGUAGGACUGAUUAAUGGGAUCAGCCACCAACGGGCCUUGUUUAGCAGCCCGUCCCUCCCCCACCGCUGUGAUUUGAUAUCUCUGAGCAUUCCAGCUUGUGCCCUUUAAUGUGCCAACGCUGCUGCUGAAUCUUUCAGAGAUUCCUGCCGUGACUCUCCGAUCACACGUCUAGUUAUCUCACUGUAAACAAACUGUUCUUCAUUUUUCUUUAUUAACAAGUCGGUUUCAGUGAAAUUCUUGAGGCCCAUUGCUUGUAUUCCCUCUUCUGACCUUGGACACAAAUAGUGUUGGGUGAGUCACAUGCUUCUUAGUCAGACAUCUUUGCUGAAAGAGAAACGUCUAGAGGAAGAUGACAGGUGGGAGGAGUGAUUUCAAGUUAUUUCUAGAUCCAUAAAGGUUACGGGGGAAGGCAGGGGUAGUGUGAGUUUGCACCUUUCAUCCCUUCCGAACACUUGUUCCUUUAAUGUUGUGGAAGUAUGCAAUGUAACCUGCCCUGCGCCGUUUUGUGUUCGCCGCCCCCCCCUUGUUGAUUUAUCCCAGAGUUGGAAUGCUAAACACUUCAUCGCCGCAAAGUCUCUGUCAGAUCGGACCUUUUCAGGGCAAAACAGGGAAAAUCUGAUUUUAGUUAGCCAGAUGUUUAGUGUCUAUGUUACACUUAGACAUCAUCCAAAUUACUCAUGACUAACCCUAUGUUUGACUACUCAUUAAAUAAUUCAACUUUAACUCCAAUUUCUGAAUGAAGGGGAAAAUGACAAUUAUAUAUGACUCAAUGAGAGAUUGUCAUGGGUCUAACGCAUGGACUGUAUAUAAGAAGUGGUCAUUGUCACGUCACCCAUGUGUUUGUGCGCUGCCGUUUCGAUGCCUCUAGUUCUGUAUUUUUGCUGUGGCCAUUGUGGCUUUUUGCCACCAGAAAAGAUGACACUUCUCCAAAGAUUUGUAGGAAAAAACCUCAAUAAGAAAAAACACACUGCGUAGGUUUAAAGUUGUAAGACGAGAACGCAGACUCCCAAGACAGGACAAUGCCAAAGUACCUUUCUCACUAGGUAGCUACACCCUAAAGCAACUCCUCUAUUUCACUCAAAAUAGGACCGUAAGCUACCACCAUGCUGUAUUUAAGAAGACUGCAAACAAUAAAUUGAGACCGUAAACACAGUUUGACUUAAAAAUCAAGUCAUGUUCUAGUAAGUAAGUUGUCUCUUGCUGGCUAUUUGACAGAAUGCGUGUUGAGGGCACUUCCACACAGCUUUACUUUUCAGAGCAGGACGUGGUCUUAAUCACAUUUGCUUCCUUGUCGGCCCUUUGCAGAUGAGCCUUCAGUGUCACUACGCUUUCCUAACAUGAUACUCACUAUCACUCGAUACGUUGAACAUACAGUGCCACCCGGAUCAAAUACUCAAUUACUCACGCACCGCCCUACUUGAGCAUACUUUUUAUGAAGUGUUCCUGUUGAAAUCUUGUACAGAUGGAUCUUUGACACUGUAACAUGAUCUCUCUUUCUCAUUGAUGCAUUGCACCUCUAGUCCAAGAGAUAGAAAUAGAGAUAGAGGAAGGGGGUUAAAUGUAACAGAGACAGCAGGAUAGCAGACUAAAAGCUUCCUGUGGCAGUACAGAGUGUAAGCCAGACAUGGCAGACAGGCUGGCAGGGCAGAUGUUUUAGGGGAGAGGCACAGUAGAUCGCACAGUGUGAAUAAUUCAUCAUAAGGGAUUGAAGAUGUGAUAUAUUAAGACACAGCACACAAGGCGUCUUACGGCCUCUUUCAGCACUUUUUGUGCAGCAUGAGUGGCUGCAGGGCUCAGAUCCCCUCUGUAUCUCUGCUUUCUUUCUGGCAGUUAUCCUGCAGAGUCUGGGCAGUCCAGGAGACAGUUAUAGAUGUGUGGCUCUUGGUCUAGCGAGGCCACGAGACAUCUGGAGGGGAUGAAGCUGUUCAGCAUGCAGGUGCCGUUUAAGCUCACUAACUAACCCUGUCGGUGCUAUCCUUCGCAGUAUCACUUCUUCUGUGGUCACUGGUUUAGGUGACAGAAUAUAUGUUACCUCGUCCAUCUCUAUUUUGACAGGGAGUAAAUGCCGGAUAUGAAAUUAUGAUCUUACACUUUUUCAGUGUCUUAACGGGACAAUACUCCAUAAAGUUGACUCUGUGGAAUAAAAAUGCAUUAAUAUCUGCUGAUAAGAUAAAAGCGUUAACAGUCGGUAUUCUAGUGUCUGUAUUUGUCCUCUUUUGUUUAGUUGCGAGUUGUCAUCAUUCACUUGCCCCAGAGUAAAGUCAGAGUGCAGAAGGAACUUCAGUGCACCCUUUUGGGUUUGUGGAAAUCAAGUGAGGAAAGAUAAAAAAGGGUUAGAGGUUUACCAGCAUGACUUGAAUGUUUUCUUUAAACAUUUAAUCUUAGACAUUUUUAUAGAGAAAUUCUAAAUGGGCCUUCUUGUCUUAAUACAGAAUUCGUCCAAACCCUUUAUUCUUUAUUGAACUAAAUCUGAAAGUAAAAAAUAAUGUUUUAUCAUCCAAUCAAUUGUGUUUUAGAACGUUUUGUCCAUCUGGUGGCAACAUCAUUAACCAUUUGUUACCCACGUAGUUGAAGAUGUCUAAGGAGAGGUCACAGGCUCUGAAAUCUCAGCAUUUGAGUAACGGAUCAUUUCUUCUCCAUCUUUCCAUGACAUCAGCUCCAUCUACACGCAUCCAGCUUUGAGGGCCUGGGCGCCGUGUGGACGUGUCAGGAGAUUGUAUCUCAGAAUCACACGAGUGCAUGAACUUCAAGGUUCCCUUUUCACAUCAUAAACACCGUUCCAGCUUUUAAAACUCUUAACCAACAAUUUGGCACAAAAAAGGUUUUAUUUUACUUGACUCCCUUUGGAUGAACUACUUCAUACCAUGUGCACAGCGGAAGGAAAUUAUGCAAUAUAUUAUAUCUGCCUGUAUACCUGUAUUCAAGCACACUGAAAUCUGAUGCUAAUCCCCUUAUUAUGCCUCUCUGGUUAAAUAGAACACUCAGCGGGCCAAAGAUUCUACAAUAUGAGCCCCAAAAGUUUUCUCUGUGUUAGGCUACGUGCGACGUGUGAUUAAACACAAAUCAGAAAGGACAUAAGGAGAAAUGUUAAGUACGAACAUAUUAAAUUAGAUAUAAAAUGUGCAAUGCUACCUUGAGAAAGUUGCCCUUGACAGCUGCAUGUGCAUUGUCUAAAGGGCGGUACUCUUGAGUGACACAAGCCCGCCCCCCUCCCGAAUGGUGCAGCCGAUAGGUCAAAUCCCGUCUAUUUGGAUGUUGGUCAAUGAUUGGAAUCUUUCCCAAAUAUCUGUGAGCUAAAGAUUCACCAAAUGGUUUGAAUGACUGGGAUACCAAGGCCUAAGUGACUCCUCAGGACUUGGAGGGAGGAAUGUGCAGCUCACUAUUGAUCUUUACUAAGUGAGAUCACUGCAUGUGGGGGGCAGCCCGACCCACUCUGAGACCCCACAUAAAGGCGACACACAACCCCCACAAAGAUAUUUUAUUGUGGUGUAUCUGCCUUAUAGAGAGAACAAAUUAACAGAAUUCAUGCUAUAUCAGCUAUGAGGGAAUAUUAAGGAUUAUACAUAGAGAUGAGUAGUAAAUACCACUGGUACACGAAAGCUGAUUUUCUUCUUCUAUUACUUCAUGUCUUUAGUUCUUCCCAUGGUUUAGAUUUAGCGAGUACCAGACAGUCUUCACAUGAUCAGAUUUUUGAUUUCAUCUUAAUGUUGUUGGAAAACAGUACAAUGUAAUACCAUCUGAAUCCAUUAAACUAUGUCUCAUAAGUAUAAUGUGACCAUGAAGCGAUGCUGGGUUCAGUGGCAUGUUGAGGGAAGGGAAUAUAUGCAACCAAGUUAGAAACAUAUCUGAUACUAUUUGUGUUUAUUAACAAGUUGAGUACAGAUUUCACUCUGCUCCUUGUAGAAUGCCAAUGUUGAUGAAAAUUACUUUGACCACAACUGGAUUAUCCUUGAAACGGUUCUCACAGGUGUCAAUUGAAUUAGGCUGUACAAAGAGUGAUUGAACAUGAUUAUAUCUGCUGGGAUGAACACACUGCUCCCUCUAAUGAAUCCUUGCUUUUGAUUUUCAAAAGGGCCAAACAACAUGACAGCUGUUUGGGAUUCACACGGCCUUUAAAUAAACAGUAUUGAGUUUCAGUGGCACAUAACAUCUUGUUUGAAAAGCGAUUCACAUGUUUGAGGUUGCUUCCAGAGUUUGCAGCUAUCCGGUGUAAAGACGAAAAGUAUUACUAUUCGUGUCUGAUAAAGAUGUACCAGCGUCUGCUUUUACAGUUACGGAGCGCACACCUGGGCUUUGGGUAUCGGCCGAUGCAAGUGUUUAAUUAAUCAGCUGGCUCAGUGUGCGGAUUCCAGUGUGGGAUCAUUCUUCUGUGAGUAAGGCAAUAUCAGGCUUGACUUAAACACUAAUGGAUGGAGACCUGCCCCGUGUUGACGUAAUACUUGAUUCUGCCAAUAACGUUGCACUAAUCCACUGAUCAACCAUUAGAUUAUUUUAUUAGCUGUUUUGUUAGAUCUCAAGGAUAAACUUAACGAGUCUGGGUGUAACACUGAAUGUAAACAACUUAUUUAUUUACAUGGGUCAACUAAACACCUCUGCAGUCAGACUUGUGACACCUUGAACAUCGAGUCACCCACCAGUCCCAACUUUUGACUUGCAUUGUCCUUCUCCCUAAACUCUUCAGUGUUAUUUGAGUGGGGUCUGUGGUUGCCGUUGAUUGGCAUGUAGGGAAGCAGAACUUCUGAGCCUUUAUCGGCCUCACGCAGUGAUGGAUGUGUGCAGCUCUUUGCCCAAUGGCCUCUAGCCUGAGCUGCAUAAGCCUCUAAGCUACUGGAAUGUGUGCUGCGUCUUGCUUCGGACGCCAAGGGAGAGAGGCCACGUCACUUUGUUUACGCCUUCCAUGAAUGCAGCGCCAGCCUAAUCAAUUUGAAGCUAGUUACAUAUUUCAAUGCACGCUUGUUGCUGAUUGACUGGUGCAUCAUUAACAUGGAACAAAAUACUAUUGUUUUACAUUAUCUUUUAGAUAAUAGACAAUAAUUAAAUUUGAAGUCAACUGCAAAAAAGUGAUGUGAAAUAUGCUGAAUUCAAGGAUUUCUUCGCAUUUCAGAAAUGUUGGCUUGUAUUUUAUUUUAAAUGAUUAUUUGUCACGUUUUUAUCUAUUUAGUGUUUAAUAUAUGCUGUGUGUUGAAUACUAUAUCUAUUAAACGCUAUAGACGUUGGUUUGCAUAAUUACAAAUAAUGUCACAACAAUUGUAUAAUUCCUUUAAUGGUGUAUUUAUUAUAUUUUGACAUAAAAUAAUAUUCAAUUGAACCUCUGCAUAGCUGUUUAUCAUAGACUUAUUUACUCUAACAAAUGAAGAUAAUUAAGGUAAACAAGAAAAAGAGAGAUAAAGUACCUCAGGUUGAUGCCGUGUUAUCAGGGGUUAAUAUUUCACUCCGGUGAAUUCAACAGAAUUUUAUGGCAAACAAGUGGAGACAUUUAGAAUGAGAGUGAGUGUUUCAAAAGGCCUGACCUACUUAAAGCAGCCAGAGCAGAAACGGCUCCUCACAUGUGUCUGUCAGACGGCAGGACACCUAAAGAAAAAACUCAGGCCCUCCAUCUUAAACGGGAUUUUACUGUAUUUUAUACAUUAAACAAUUUACUAUGUGUUUACAUUUCUUUCAUAGAAUAUUUUGGUUUACAAUCACACUUUCAUUGGCUGGUCCAAACUACUUCACAACUUACUAUGAAGUGACUUCUGUACAUGACACUUCUGUUUAUUUCCAGCAUAAUGCUAAUGGAACGAAAACAACCAGUGUAGCCAAUCUUAAAGCAUUUUCUCCCUGUGUGUAAAGGAAAAACGGUCAAAUACUGUAAUUGCAUUGCAAGAGAUUCAUAUGUAUAUCUCAUCACCGCCAUGUAGUAUUAGUCCUAAAAAAAGAUUUUGACAUAGAAAAGCCCUCAAAAUGUCCUCCUCAUCCUUAUGCUGCCGCAUAGAUACACGUGAGACGUUAAUUGUUAAGUUCGCAUGCAGUGCUGAGAGGAUUUUAAUUUUCCAGCUGUAGCUGUUACUGAAAAUGUAACCUGUAUCAAUUUGUAGGAAGUGUCAGAUCAUCACCUGGUGCUGCAACGUUGAGAUUUAAUUUGACAUGUACUUGGAAUGGGGAAAUCAAUUUUUAAGUAAAGUGAGGCACCAGGUUAUUUAUUAAAGACUGGUAUACCCAAAGUCAAGGUAUGGGUAUCGGCACUCAAACAUUUGGAUUGUUGCCUCUUUAACAUUUAGUAAGCUAAUAAGAAGUGUAAAGAGUCUUAGAGGAAGAACCUAAAGAUGAAGUCUAAACCUCUUCAACUUCAACUUUGUUCAAGUUAAACUUGACCAAUAAUCCAAGUAUUGCUUGCACAGCCGUUGUGUUGUGUGUUUUAUAUGUCAUAGUAUAGAUAUUUAUUAUAGUACAAAUAAUUGUGGUAUAAGGAAAGAGGGCCGCAAUAGGGCUGGUUUUGCCAAUCCAACAAAGGUCAGGAUGUAUCAUGUUGCCUUUUUUAUGAGCAAUGUCAGAGAUCGCAGCUGGAGCAGGAUGCAGGGAGGACUCAAACGCAGGGUUUCCGAUGACAAAGUGCUCUUUAUUCCAAAAUCAAGACGUGCACCAACGACGAGUGACAAAGACAAUGACGCGACAAAGGACAACUGGCACACAGGGCUUAAAUACACAAGGGAGGUGCAGGUGAUUGGACACAGGUGGAAUCAAUCAGGCAAUCACAGGACAAGGCAGGAAGUGUAGUCACCCAGGAACACAAGAGACAUGAAAACUACAAAGUAAGACAUAGAGCAGACCCAAACCGUGACAAGCAAUACAGAUCAGUUCUAAUCAUGGACUGAGUAUCGAAAUGCUACGGUGAUUGAUGAAGAAAUCAGAUGUCAUUUGGAUACUAAAUGCAUUCAAACCCUGAAUGCUCUCUAAGAUGUAGGUCGUGACAACAGUAACACCCACUGUAGAAAAGAAAUAGGCCAUUUCAGCACAAUCAACAGGGCAGGCAGCUUCCUAAAAGUGGAUCAGCUUACACUGGAUUGUUAAAAACUGAAAAUACUGCAACGAGAGAGAAAAGUACACUCAGCAAGUUUCUUACAAAUGCCUCAGUGUUUACCGUGUUGAGGGGUUUAUUAAUGACAACACAUGAAUAGUUUUAAACCAGGUUUAUGCCUUGUCUGAUGUGUUUUGACAGGGAGACUUGGCUAGAGUGCCAGGGAUUAGAGGGUACAAAGCCAAGCGAGGCAAAAGACCCUCACAUAGUAGUGAAGAAUUCAUAGAAUUCGUUAGUUAACCUCAGAUGAUUUCCAUCUUCACAGAUGCAUACAAGUACCAAAAAACACAUGUUGAGGUGCCUAGAAAUACCUGUUAUUGUCAUUAGAAGCAGAAAAAGGUUUCUUUGCCCUUUCAUUUGCCUCCCUGUCGUUCUUUCCCCUCUUGACUCUUAAUGCACUGUUUCUGUCUGUCUCAGAGCCCCCGCUGCUCAUUUUUCAUCCACAGCAUUGAUAGUGUUAGCAGGCCCGAAGACAGACCAACUUUACAUUUCAUCAGCGAGCUGCUUCUGCUGGCUCCACAUCUGUUAUGGAAAUUAGCACGGAGGGGAAAUUGAAUGAAAUAGAAUAUCGUUUCAAUUAUAUUCACUUCUGAAACCGGGUUGAUUUAGGCACUUGUAAAGGUUUCAAAGGCAGAGGUGAUGAAAUAUGCUCAUCCACUUUCACAGCCAUAUAGUAAUCUGAUCUAUCAAUACAUUUGUAGCGCCUGAUAGCUUCAUAUUUGGGAAGUUUUAAGGAGCAGUGCUUGUGAUGAAAUUCACAACCUCUGACCGCGUGUCACAAACCCCAAGGGAGAAGCAAGCGUGAUGAAUUUAACUUCCCUGAACUGUUAAGUUCAAAAUGUCCCUUAUCUCUGUUCAAUAGUUUAAUAAGAUUUUAAUUAGGCAAUUAAAAGUCUUUGGAAUAGCAUAUGGUCAUAAUUACCGCUGUACGGUUCACUCAGGGAUGAAUGAGCCUUUAAUUACUCUUAACUCGGUCUGGGGAUUGGACUUAAAAUGGGUCGAACAGGAAAAAGAGAGUCUUUUUUUUCAUCUUCACAGUUCCCUAAUCAGAAAUACAGACUUCUGCAUUAACGUUGGAGCAGGUUAGGUUGCGGCAGCUAUUCAGGAAUCCAUUGCUAUGUUUGUGCAUAAAGUCUUGUUGUUCAGAUCAGGUUGCACAAUUCGUAUGUAAGAAACGUGACAACUAUUGAAGACAUUAUUAAUGUUUAACGUUGCUAGGAACCACGAGUAGUAUUCCUAAUCUAAAGCAGUCAACUAUGUAAACAGAACACGGUUUAAUGAAUACAUCUAUGUUUGAGGAUUAGUCACAUUAACGCAUAGAUGAGGCAGAAGUGCUGUAAUGUCUUACUCCCAGAUUGGUCUCUUUAGAUCUGAAUGAGUAGAGGUGCAGAUCUGUGUCAACACCAUAUUCCCACAAUGGUCACCUGUCACAUCUGCCAGCCCGUCCACAUGUGUGGGCCCGAGUCCUGCGUUGUCUGAGGGUUGUGGCGUAAGUGGCCAGCGUGCGUGCGUGUGUGCGUGCGUGUGUGAGUGUGUGUCAGUGCAGGUGGCUUCCUGGGAUGGCGUGCAGGCCAAGAGGUCGUAUUCAUCCGUCAACACUAUUCCAGUCAACAGGCUGUGUGUGGAAUCCAGGCAGCCGUGACCCUCCUGCUCUACUCGGAUGGCAAAUGCUGAUAUCUCAGCUGAGACCCGGCAGUGCCGCGUUUGCAUGGAGGCUGACCGGUGGAGACGUUCUGUCUUGUACUGAGGUCUCAGAUCUUCCUUCGAGACCAGCAUCAUCCUCCGUGGGCCUCAGGGAGUUCCCCGGCUUCACCACAGUGCACAGGCCUCCCAUUCAAGGAGCCUUGGGCUGCGGAAAGGGAGCGAGAGGGAUAGAAAACAAACACGGCUUUAAAAAGACGCUCCUCAUGAAUUCCCCUAAAACCUGAAAGGCAAUAACUGCAAGUUGGCUGGAGGUCCUACGGAAGUUUGAGGACAAUGGGUAUGGCUUGGCUCUAUCUCACAGCCUACACUGUCUUCCUGGUUGGUUGCUUCCACGCAGCUGUCAUGGAGAACGAUGUCACGCCACGCCUCACCUUCUCCUACAAUGCGAAGGAGAGGACAACCAGAAAUGUUUCACCCAGUGGAGUCUUCAACUUCACCUCUCUUCUACUCAGCAGAGAGGACAACACGCUGUACGUUGGCGCAAGGGAGAUCCUCUUUGCUCUCAGCCUCCCCGACCUCAGCGCCAUCAAGCUACGAAGAAAUCUCACGUGGGAAACUCCAGAGAGAAAAAGAGAAGAGUGCAGUUUCAAAGGCAAAGACCCGCUGACGGAUUGUUUCAACUUCAUCAAGAUUUUACUCCGUAUGAACAGCACUCAUUUGUAUGUGUGUGGAACAUACGCCUUCAGCCCCACCUGUGCUUACAUAAACACUGCAGACUUCUCCCUUGUCAAGAAUGAUGCCGGUGAGAUUGUUACAGAAGAUGGACGAGGCCGCUGCCCUUUUAACCCCGACUACAAGUCCACUGCUAUCAUGGCUGACGGAGAGCUGUACGCCGGUACAGUCAGUAAUUUUCAAGGAAAUGAACCCACCAUUUACAAGAGUCUAAGCCAAGGAACUUCGCUAAAAACAGAAAACUCACUUAACUGGCUUCAAGACCCAGCCUUUGUUGGCUCUGCCUACAUUCAGGAGAGCCUGCCCAAAGGCAACCCAGUGGGCGAUGACGAUAAGAUUUACUUCUUCUUCAGUGAAGCAGGAAAGGAGUUUGAUUUCUUUGACAACACCAUUGUGUCCCGCAUUGCUCGUGUUUGCAAGGGGGACAUGGGAGGUGAGCGGGUUCUGCAGAAGAAAUGGACGACCUUCCUGAAGGCUCAACUCUUGUGCUCUCUGCCGGGUGAUGGCUUCCCCUUCAACAUUAUCCAAGAUAUGUUUGUGCUGACACCCAGCCCCGACGACUGGAAGAACACUGUAUUUUAUGGAGUCUUCACGUCUCAGUGGUAUAAUGGCGCCUCAGGAAGCUCUGCAGUGUGUUCCUUCACCAUGGACCAGGUGGAAAAGGCGUUCAGUGGGCGGUACCGGGAGGUCAACAGAGAGACUCAACAGUGGUACACAUACAAUCACCCGGUCCCUGAGCCUCGGCCUGGUGUGUGCAUCACAAAUGCUGCCAGGGAACAGGGCAUCUCCUCCUCGCUACACAUGCCGGACAAGGUGCUGAAUUUCGUCAAAGACCACUUCCUGAUGGACAGCGUGAUCCGCAGCCAGCCUCUGCUGCUAAAACGUAAUGUUCGCUACACGCAGAUCGCCGUCCAUCUUGUGCAGGCAAUAAAAAAGGCAUAUCAUGUGAUCUUCAUUGGCACAGAUGAUGGGAGACUUCAUAAAGCCAUUAAUGUCAACAACAAGAUGCACAUCAUUGAGGAGAUGGUGCUCUUCCGUGAUAGCCAACCAGUACAACACAUUGAGCUGGACACUGAAAAGGGUCAGCUUUAUGUUUCAUCGUUCUCUGAAUUGGCGGCGGUCCCAGUAGCUAACUGCACUAAUUAUCAGAGUUGCGGAGAGUGUAUUCUCUCCAGGGAUCCGUACUGUGCUUGGAACGGGAGGCAGUGUGUGGAUGUCAGACAGGCUGCAGACAGCAGUGCCUUGCAGCAGGACGUAGACAAAGCUGAUACAUCAGCUAUUUGCAACAAGGCGAGCCAACGGUCAGCCAAUCCUCCACCUACACGAAUGUCCUCGUGCCAGGUGAUCGUUAUCCCAGCCAACACGUUCAAGGUACUCCCUUGCAAGCUGCGCUCUAAUUUGGCUGAAAGGCGCUGGGAGUUCAGUGAGAGUGCAGGUCACUUCCAUUAUCCCAGCCCACAGGGGGGAUUGGUGGUGGUGGCUCAAGCUGACAGCCAGGAAACCUACGAGUGUUGGUCGGUGGAGGAAGGCUUCAGACAGCUGCUGGCAAACUUCUGCGUGAGGGGCGAGGCCAAGCAGCACGAGAGCACCACCCCGUGGGGGCGCUCCCGUUCGCCGCAGGUGCCCCAAGGGAAGAGGACGCUGCCGGAAGAGGCCCGCUCACCGCAGAUCAACACCAAGACCUACUGGAAUGAGCUAAUUGUGGUGUGUUCCCUCCUGGCGUUUUCCCUGCUGGUGUUCUGUCUAUUUGUGGUCUUCAGGAACCGCAGUGACAUGAAGUCCAUGCUCAAGGAGGGAGAGCGUGCCAACAUGACUCAGAAGAAGCCCAGAAUAGUGGGGAAGCCAGCGGAGAACUUGCCGCUGAACGGCAACGCGAUCCCGGCGUCCGCGUCGGAUCACAAAGGCUACCAGACCCUCAACGACAACUACAUCUGCAGCACUCCGCCGCACGAGUGCCCAUCGCCCGACAACAGCAGAAGCUUCUCACAACCGGAGAAUAAGCCUUCGAAUUUGAGAGAGAGCCAUGUAGAGGUUUCCCCCACAUGCCCACGGCCAAGAGUCCGACUGGGCUCCGAGAUUAAAGACUCCAUAGUUUAGAGGGCUCUCCGCUGUGUGGAGGGACUCGCCGUGGAACUGAGAGGAGAGAGUGCACUUGCAGAGAAAGACAAAACCCCGACAGGAGGGAAAACCGAUGGUAAUUGAACUUUUCAUGGAGAGACAUUUUAUGUCACAGAUUUUGCACUUUUUGUUCUGUCCCUAUGGUCCAUGUUCUUUUUAUUUUCCUUAUUCGAGUGCAUUUAAAGCACACUGAAGAUGUUCCAGAUUGCCUUCAGACUUUUGAUGCUGUCACUACGGCUCAAAUAAAUAUUAACAAGUGAGGAGGUGGAGUCACUACUAAGAUUCAGUGAUUUAGCUUUACCUCUCAGUCCGUCCAAAUAAUCUACUGGUAAUGCUUUGAAAGGCACAGUGAUAUUCAAACAUGUUCCCCCCCAACCACUUAUAGUGUUUAAUGUUUUAUUUGCAUCCUGUUAUCUGGUAAGAGCCAACCCUUUGCUGAGGUCAUGCAUUAUGUACUAGACUGUAGCAAGGUAAGCACUCACACCAGAUUAUCUACCAACUACCAGUGGCAGGGGGGAACAGAAAUAGAUUUGUUUUUUGAUGGCUAAUUUGCAUUCACAGAAGUAUACUGAUUAUUUAGGCUUGAAUAGAACACUGCAACAGAGGAAUAUUUGAGAGUAAAAGGGUUGUGCUAAAAGACUGAAAAGGUUUAACAAGAAAAACAAUUAUUUAUAGAGAGAACAUUAACAUUAAGUCACCUCAGUGUUUUAGAAAUUCUUACCACCUCAAUCACUCGCACACCAAAAACACAAACAUUAUAUGAAUCAUACGUUAAGACAUUCUAUACUAUGUUUUUAAGUAAUGGUAUUAUUAGUGGAUACAAAUAUUCUUCCGUGGAAGCCUGAGGUUUUCUUUCACCAAAUGUGAUAAAGAGAAGAAUGUCAUUCCAGGUAUUAUCAUGCUGCAUGAGAUAUGCAGUCUAUGCAAAGCAAAUAAUGUGAAGUAGACAUUAACCUCACCCCGAGACUUGGUUAGCACCAAGGUGUUGGCGCUGUUAAUUAUUUUAGGAUCAGUGGCCCUGCACACACACACACAAGCUGUCAUGACAAUAACGUUACGUAUGCAACAGAUUUGAGAUAUUUUGCUGUAUUUUAGUGCAGAAAUAAAAAUAAAUAAAUAAUACACCUAUUCAUAAUCUGAUUCAAAGAGCACAUCUGUAUAGCCUCAACUUUUAUGUGAAUUCAGCGCUUGCUUAAAUGGUUUUUAAAGUCAACCAUAAAAGCAAUAAUUUUGUCAUCCAGUAAUAAAUAUAAUUGUGCAUUUUAAUAAUAAUCUUGAUUAGUCAUUUACCUAAUUCACAAAUAAUAAAUUAUACACCAUGUGUUUUGUCUGUCAUGUGUUGGAAUAACUUAAUAGAAUUUUAAACCCUAGUCUUACUUUGAUGUGAGCCCUAGUCUUGUUAUGUGGCCAGCAAAAUGAAUAUUUCGUAAAAAUGCAGGAAAGGCAUUCUCCAUAACUCAUAGGAUGCAGAGGAUUUGCACAUUAUGUUGAAAAGCCUUAGUAUAAUGCAGGUUAUGGAUUUGAUAACAAAUCUUAAACGGAUAAUGCCUUCUGAAACAAUAAUCAAGAGUUGUGCCUCUUGGAAUGACAAACGAAGCAGAUAGUAGUGCUGUAGAGUCAAACGCCACAUUGUAAGUGCGACAGGACGCUCAGACACGAGACAAGAGUGAAAAAAAUGAAUGAGUGGGAUGAAAUACUGUCAAGUUUGUACAGUACAUGCUCACCAGGUGUUUGUUUUUUAUUUAAUUUUUGUCAGUGGCUUCAACGUUAGUCAGGGACAAAAUUGUAUUCUACAACUGUAGCACAUGAAACACCACUGGCUUGUUUUAAAAUACUGAAUUAUUGAUAUGUAAUAUGUUACAUUAUAUUGUAAAUGGCACUGAAAAAAUGACUCAAAGACUGGUCAACUAUAAAGGUUCAAGCUUAGACUGUUAUUAAAAACUAAACAAACGGCAGCUUUUAGUGAAGUGGCUGUCAGAACAAUAUACAAAUGCAGAAGAAAUACUAAGUGACAGUGAAAUAUGUGCAGGUACUGAACAUGCUUUUAUUGAAUACAAGCCUAAAAUAUUAAUGCCACAGUGAGAGUAUCGUUGUGUGUCAUCUCUUAAUAAACCACUAUAGUCUGGCCUUUUAUUUGUGACAGUUGCUCAGACUCUUGUCACCGUGUAAGAAAAAAUAUUUUUUUUAUGUAAAAUUGUUUUGUAAAUUCAGCUGCCAAUGUAAAAUAUUGUGAAUUGUAUUUUUUUGUAUCAUACAUCACUAGUGUUUGUUUUUUCUUUUGUAUUGUAUAUAAAAAGCACUUUAUUUUUAUUUUUCAAAUAAAGAUCAAAUGGAUCAUUUA